ACAUGGCCGUAAAGCGCCGCCACGCACACUGGGACGUCACGGGUCCCGGGUGGCUGUUCUCGGCAGCUGACCCUGGUGUAGGUGGCGGUACCUGCUAGUGGAGAUUUCUGUUUAGCAGUGGGGAAAGCGGCGGUUGGUUAUUUGGGGAGAACUUCUAGUCUGUGUGUAUUUUUAGAUAGAUGCAGCUGAAGAACCCGCGGGCCGCCGGGUCCUAGUGCCCGCUAGAUACCCGGAGCCGGGGAUCGGGCAGUGGGGCCGGCGGAGGCUGAGGCCCAAGCUAGGAACCUAGCUUCCUCGAAGCCGCCCGCGGGGCGCUGAUGGCCGGACGCUCCCUGCGAAAGGCUUUAGCCACGGUGUCUCUCUCAGUAGCCUUGGCCUCCGUGACUGUCAGGUCCUCAGGCUGCCGCAAUAUUCCGGCGUACAGAAACUCACUUUUAUCCUCUUGGUUUCAUCUUAACUCCAACAUCAUGUCUGGUUCUAAUGGUGUCAAAGACAAUUCCCACAACAAGGCUCGGACAUCUCCUUACCCAGGUUCAAAAGUUGAAAGAAGCCAGGUUCCUAAUGAGAAAGUAGGCUGGCUUGUUGAGUGGCAGGACUAUAACCCUGUGGAAUAUACUGCAGUUUCUGUUUUGGCUGGCCCCAGGUGGGCAGAUCCUCAAAUCAGUGAAAGUAACUUUUCUCCCAAGUUUAAUGAAAAGGAUGGGCAUGUUGAGAGAAAGAGUCAGAAUGGCCUGUAUGAGAUUGAAAAUGGAAGACCUAGAAAUCCUGCAGGGCGAACAGGAUUGGUUGGCCGGGGGCUUUUGGGGCGAUGGGGCCCAAACCAUGCUGCAGAUCCUAUUAUAACAAGGUGGAAAAGGGAUAGCAGUGGAAAUAAAAUCACCCACCCUGUUUCUGGGAAACACAUCUUACAGUUUGUUGCAAUAAAAAGGAAAGACUGUGGAGAAUGGGCAAUUCCAGGGGGGAUGGUAGAUCCAGGAGAGAAGAUUAGUGCUACACUGAAAAGAGAAUUUGGUGAGGAAGCUCUUAAUUCCUUACAGAAAUCUAGUGCUGAAAAGAGAGAAAUAGAGGAACAGUUGCAUAAACUCUUCAGCCAGGAACAUCUAGUGAUAUAUAAGGGAUAUGUUGAUGAUCCUCGAAACACUGACAAUGCAUGGAUGGAGACAGAAGCUGUGAACUACCAUGAUGAAACAGGUGAGAUAAUGGACAAUCUUGCCCUAGAAGCUGGAGAUGAUGCUGGAAAAGUGAAAUGGGUGGACAUCAGUGAUAAACUCAAGCUUUAUGCCAGCCACUCCCAAUUCAUCAAACUUGUGACAGAGAAACGAGACGCACACUGGAGUGAGGACUCUGAAGCUGACUGCAAUGGGUCAUAGCUUGUGGUCUCCGUGUAAGCCAGAGGCCAGCAAAGGAACGUGCACUGAAAAGAAGGCAGUGACAGAACUCAUGCUGUAAAAAGGCAGCGUAGCUCACUAGGAAGUAAUUUUAUUCACUUUCAAAAUGUUUGUAUUUAGAAGGUUUUUGCAUCAGAAUAAUAUGAGUAAAUAUCAUAAAAUAGAAUUUCCACCUUUCUGAUCAAAAAGAUUAGAAAUAGUUUUAUUUUGUAUGCAUUCCAUAAGCAUGGCUUAAACCAAGUUUAAUACCUGAUGCUCUUGAAGAGUUGUAGUUAGAACAAAGAUAAAUUCCCCAUCAGCUGUAACUUCUGCUUUUUCCAUUUAGUUCUUGUUCGUUAGUUCUUUUCCUCCCUCUAAACUGAGGUUUGAAGGAUGUUUGUGCCACAUCCAACUUCUUUUGGAGGAGUACUGCCAUUGGUUGUAUAGUUUAAUGUCUAAUCUGAUUUUUAUUUAAAUUAUUUUGUUUCACAUGAUUUUGUUGAAGCUGACUUCAAAAGUGGAAACUGUAUUUUUGUCUUUGAAGUUUGUGGAAAGAGACAUGCUAUUUUUCUACAGAUAUUUGAAAAGGGUAACCAGGCUUACUCUCAUAGCUAGAGAGCAAGAUUAGGCCUAAGAUAAAACAAAGUGGUGGGGUUUUUUUUUUUUCUUUUUUUGGUCUUGAUUGUUGUUGAUUUGAUGUCAUGACUUUUUUGGUGAUAAACCCGAACUGAUUUUCAUCCAUUUUAUAAGGAAAUUUCAGUUAUUUUGUCAAUAAAGAUCAAGAUUAAUGAAUAAGAGCUCAUAUUCUUAUUUUUCAGAAAUUCUGAAUUUUAAAAAUACACCUAGGGUAUUAGAAAUUUAUGGAGAUUUCACUCUACUCUCUACUAUAACUAUUGUAUGUCACAAAUGAAUCAGAGAUGGAUGUAAAAAGGCAGGGACAGAGAGGGGUUGUUGUAAGUUAGAGUACUUUUUAUGAAGAAGGGAAUGUUAAGGAUGGAACUUAAUUUUUGAGAGACAUGUGGUCAGUGUAAAUCAUAGAGGAAGGAUAGGGUUGGUGUAUUAGGGUCUUUUGGAAGCAGGGAAGAGGAAAGAAAAAGAACACUGCUUGUCCCAGUAGACAUAUCUGUCAUACUCAGGCUAAGGAUUUCUAUUGGAAAGUCCUGUGAUAUUGACUCCUGACAACCUGCAGUACAGACUGUCAGAAUUCCUUCUUCCUUCCAGUUAGAUUAUAGAUGGGACACCUAAAGAAAAGGAAGUUUGUGGAAAGAGACAUGCUAUUUUUCUACAGAUAUUUGAAAAGGGUAACCAGGCUUACUCUCAUAGCUAGAGAGCAAGAUUAGGGCUAAGAUAAAACAAAGUGGUGGGUUUUUUUUUUCUUUUUGUGGUCUUGAUUGUUGUUGAUUUGAUGUCAUGACUUUUUUGGUGAUAAACCCGAACUGAUGUGGAAAGAGACAUUUCUCUUCUUAGUGUAACUGUAAGUUUUGCAAAGAAAUGUUGCAGUGUUUGAUUUCAGGAUACCUUGGUCUCCUCUGGAAGAGUUAUAUUAUGAGGCUUAUUAUGAUAUUAUUCUUUUAAAAUCCAUGAAGUCCUGGUCCAUAGGAUCCUGUGCAUUGAUCACUCUCAUUUGAAUGACUUUCUCUCAGCAUGAAAGAGCUGGCUUCUACUUUUACUGUUUGACAGGAAGAAAUUGCUUCUUCCUGGCAAUAAAUAGAAUUCUUUGAAAUUGAAAUGACUAAUGAAAGCUCUCAAGAAAGUUUGAGAAAUUUUGUGAAAAUAACAUUUACUUAUUUUUUAAUAAUUUUGGUAUAUUUGAACUGAAAUAAUAAAGAUAUUAGUUUGUGUUGAAGUUUUAUUUGAAGUAUGACUGAAGCAGAUAGGUCUAUAGAUAACAUUUGUUGUGGUAUCUUAGAGUUUUCAUUAGAACAUUGACAGAAUAUGAAAAAUGAUUAAACCACUACCAACUAUAGAUAAGAUAAAUGCAGAUCGUCUUCUGAUAAUUGUAAAUAUCCAGCACCAUCUAUAAUUAAGAAAAACCAGAUUAAAAUGUUAAUUUAAGACCUUCCUGGAGGAACAUCUGCAUCUCUAUUGAUAGAUAAUGUCCCCUUCAUAUUUACUUUCCUAAUGUCUUAGAGAUAAUUAAUAUUUUUUUCUUUUAUAGACUGAAUAAAGUAAGUAGCAAUAAUAGAUCCCAUUUACCGACUGUCUGUGUCAUUAUCACUUAAUCCUCACAACAGUCCUGUGAAAUCCCAGGACUGUUCCAUUCCAUUUUAUGGAUGAAGAAAUUGAGAUUUUGAAAGAUUGCCUAAGGUUUUAUUCAGUGAGGGAUAGAGCUUGAAUUCUGGUCUACCUAGUUCCAGUAUCUGUUCUCGUUUCUAUUACAUAUUAACCCUACUCAGGUUACGAGUCUUGUGAUUUGUUACUUUAAGGAUGCAGAUAGGAAAAGUAUGUUACAUAAAUGAUACUCAUGUUAGCCAAAAUAAUGCAUAGUUUAUGACUUGAAAUUUAAGGGCCACACCUGAUUAAACCAGCAUUGUUGAAAUUGUUUGUAUAAUUUUGGACCAAAGACAGUUUAUUUGGUGAUAUCUUAAUCUAAGAUAUCAGUAUUUGUCUUGCCAGCAGACAUUCUUGAGCUUUUGAAAGAAUUUCCAACUCAAAUAGAAGUGUAUGCUAAGUUUACUUAAGGUUGUAAUUAUCUUAAGAGCUAGACACUGGGUAGCUGUGGAGAGAAUUUGAAAAUUCUAGCAGUUUUAGAGGCUACUUUUGUUUAGAAGUAUAAAUUAUUUUAUGCUUAGGACUUCUGGUGGCUAUUGUUUUCUCAAAUAUUUCAGGAGUUUUAAUAAAUAAACUAAUUUAAAAUAAA